GUGAUCCCACAAACCUCCAAAUGUGUGCACCGCAGUGCGAGUGUUGAUAUUCUAGCGUGAAUCGGUGUGUCUGUGCCCGCGAUUUUUAACACCUCGUGAUCACUCUUCUGGAAGUCCUUUUCUACUGCACUUGAUGAUAUUUCUGGCCUGAUCCUGGUGCAGAGCUUUCUGUGGGUGUGCUUUUGAGAGGCAUUUCGCCCAGUAAUUUUCCUCGUGCGUCAAAAGUUCUUCAAGCCGCUGAGUCGGUGUGUUGGCUCCAAAGCUGUGUGUGCUUAUUUGUACUUUCAGCAAUCGGUAUUGUCGAUUUAACAAAUUGUGCGAAAAAUUGUUCAGCGAGUGCACAGCGCGAGGGGAUAUUUUCAGGGUUUCGGCGAGAUUUACUGGUCAUUUUCCUAUACAACUGACUUCCAGUGAUAUUCUCAAGCCUUUCCACCUCACUUUUCUCAGAGUGUGUCGAGCUGUGCUUGUGUGAGUGACUCAGUGCCACUCAAAUCAACUCCCAUCUCGACUCAGUGUUAUUUUUUGAUCAACAACUCAACCGAGAGUAUUGGAAGAGAGCUUCCUCCAAGCUUGUCGAACGGGUCUCGCGCUCGAGAAUUCUCCUCUAUCUAGGCGAGAGUUUCCUCACGGCUCUUUUUCUUGGUCUCAUCCUUGGCUCCCCUGCCUAAAAUCCACCACGUCCAGAGCUCUGGUUUUCUGGAUCACAGUCAACGUGCAGAGAGGACACAGAGCGAGAGCCAGAAAGAGAGAGAAGGGAGAGUUUCUGUGUGAGUGGUUCCCCUGUGCGCGGAAAAGUGUGGCGAGAAGAGAAAGAGAGUGAGAAAAUUCGGGCUCAUCCCCUUCAGGAGGAGAAGUGUUGGGGCCUGAUCAGUGACGGGAAAAUUCAAUAAGCGAAUCACGCGCAUCUGUCGAGUGUGCCCACCCAAAAAAUCCACGACACAGUUGCAAGUGCUGCUCUAGCGGGCCACAACUUCACGGGAGUCCCAGUGUGGGCAAGUUGCAGAAGGUGCCCCCCACAGCCCCCCUCUGACAGGAGGACAGAGAGACCGUGUGUGUCCAACCCAGCGCGCGACGCCCUUUCUGCCAGUGCCUGUGAAAUCGAUGGUCUGUGCAGAGUUGCUCGGCGCGAAAAUCGAUUUAGUCAAUUGUGUGAAAAGUGUCCGGGAGCGUCCGUGCGCCGCGACGGUAUUGUCUCACCAGCGGUGAAAAGAGGGAGGCACCACCCACCAUCCCCCGAGACGUGCGCGCGUGUGUGUGUGCCGCGAUCUGGCGUAGCGCGAGAGCCCCGAGAAGUGCCCCAAAGUGUGCAACCCACCCCCAAUUGCGGGCCCACCCAAGUGAGUGGCAGUUCCAGUGACACCCUCGGCAGUUCACAAAGUUGAGGAUAAUGAGUGACAGGGAGCGAUCAUCUCCGACUCUUAUUGAAAGUGGAUUAAAAACACUCAUUGGUGGACGCGACAGCAACUACCCCCUGAUCACAGGUGACGUGAUCCUGAAUCAUAUGAAAAGUGUGAAUAAAAAGUGCGGCAAAUCGGGCAACAGCAAAGACAUCUGCGGCGAUGACAAACACAAAGAGGACGGCGAUCCGUGGAAUGUUGAGGCUCAAGCAGCAUUCCUGGGGCCGAAUUUGUGGGACAAAACCCUCCCCUAUGAUGCCGACCUCAAGUACGUGGACUUGGAUGAAUUCCUGUCGGAGAACAAUAUUCCAGUGGACGGCCUGCCGGGUGGGCAUUUGGGGCACAGCAAUGGUCUUGGCCACAGAUCCGACUCGCUGGGGCACAGCACAGGGCUCUCGCUGGGCCUUGGCCAGGUGACCACGAAGCGCGAGCGCUCGCCCUCACCCUCAGACUGUGUCAGUCCGGACACCAUGAACCCGCCGUCGCCGGCGGAAUCAACCUUUUCAUUUGCAUCAUCUGGUAGAGAUUUUGAUCCACGUACACGCGCGUUUUCAGAUGAGGAGCUCAAGCCACAACCAAUGAUCAAAAAAUCUAGGAAGCAAUUUGUUCCAGAAGAGCUGAAAGAUGACAAGUACUGGGCGCGUCGGCGAAAGAACAACAUCGCCGCCAAGCGUUCGAGGGACGCCCGGCGGCAGAAAGAGAAUCAGAUAGCCAUGAGAGCGAGAUACCUGGAGAAGGAGAACAUGAGUUUACAGCAGGAAGUUGAGCAGUUGCGACAGGAGAACCUCGAGCUUCGUUCUCGCCUCUCAAAAUAUCAAGAAGUGUAAUUAAUCCAAGACUUUUUAAUCCAUCAACACACCCAAUCCUCAACACACUUAUACACACACAUCUGUUUCAUCACCAAUGGAGCUCUCGCGGGUGGAGAGCCGACCUCCGCGAAGGGGAUGAAGGCGGAGGGACAGCGUCUAAGAGCAACGACAAGAAGAAGAACCUAGUUAAUUGUCAUUUAUUGUCAUUUCUUUGGAUAGAGAACAAGCAUGUUCACUGAUUAAUCAUGAUUAUACUUUUAAGGGGGCUAAAAAAGAAAAAACCGAGAGUAAGAAUGAGAGAAAAUUGUCUUUUCGCCAUUCAAGUUGGCAAUAUUAAUGAAAAGGGAAUGCCUAAAAACGGUUAGAAUUCACCAAGAGCCACUGCCGAAAAAUUCUUAGAGGGUUUUGCUGUUAAGAGAUUGAUAUCACAAGAGGAAGAAGGGAAGAAGAAAAAAAUCACGUCGAAUACUAUAUUAGGAUGAGUAUAUCUUAAGAUGAAAAUAACCACCUAAAAAUCACCAACUUGAAUGUCGAAGUGGGUGAAACUAAUCAUUCUGCUGCUCCUUUUAUCUCAUUGCUGACACUAUAUAUUAUGAUGUUUGCGGCAGCGGAAUUAUUGAGGGACAGAAAGAAAACACUUGAUUAGUUUCACACUGGAAAAAAAACAGAGAAACGAAGAAAAAAGAACACUCAGUCAGUGAAGUUGAUUUAAAUGUUAAGCGUUAAUUUUACUACAUUUGGAUGUAAAAAUGCACAUGAUUUAUUGAGGGGUGGAGAAGAUUAUCAGUGCUGAUGAGAAACCAUCUGGAAAAUGGAAUUUGAAAUUGUGAGUGGAGGAGAAAAGAAAAAAAACCACAAAGAUCUCUGUUGAUUCUGUUUGAUAAAUAUAUUUAAAGAAAAAAAAUCAUCGCGAAAAAAUGAUGUAAACUCUAGAUUAAUUCUCACAUUUUAAAAAGUUUACCUUAUGAUUGUCCCAGCUAAUGUGGCAGCUAAGAAACUCCUGUUUUCCUCAUUUUACCUCCCCGCACAGAAAUGCAAGUGAAAUUUCACUUCCAUUUUUCAGGCUCAUCGUUUAAAAGUAAUAGAAGAAGAAGAAGAUGAAAACAAUGUAAUAAUAAUAGUGGAAGAAUAGUAAAAGAAGAAAAAAAUAUACAAUGUAGUCUGAUUAGGCAUUAUUAACACAUUCAUUGAGUAGUUAUUAAAUGAGAUAAAGAACCUGUAGAUGAGGUUUAUUGCGCUGCUAAUGAGAAAUCUUAGGUUGAAAAUACACACACAUACAGAGAGCGAAGAGAGAGAGAGAGAGAAAAAGAGAAAAUAGUUGAGAAGAAAAAUUGAAAAUAAGGUAAAAAACAGAUAAAUAAAAAUUGCAGAGAGUAAAAAAAGUUAUAGUCUUAAGUCUUGUUACAAGCUAAUUCAGUUCCCAUUUGCAUUGAUGAAAUAAAACAAUUAUUAAUAAUGUUAAAUUGAGAAAAUAUUUGUACAAUAAUAGGAUGAUUAGUGUAAUUGUAAUUGUAUAUUUAAAAUGAUGAGAAGAAAAAACAAGAUAAAAAUAGAGAAAAAUAUAUAUAGCAAGUGGAUUACGUUUAAAGAUAAUAGAUUAAUACUAAAAAAAAGUUGCUGUAGCGAUAAUUCUUUGUUUUUACUUCUUUUUGUUUGUUGUAAUAUAUAUUUUUUGUCUAUAUGGAGGAAAACAAGCGUUAAGUGAGCGUGAGAGAAUGAUGAAAAAUGUUCAGAGAAUGCAACCGAAAGCUCAUCUCCUUUCCUCAUCCUCUUUUAAUUAUUCUAAUUUUAUCGAUGAUGUGAAGGAGUGCAGCAGCUUCGGACAGACAUUUGUUCAUUCUUAAGGCACUCAAAAAAGACACUUUGAACUCUUAAGGAUUACAAAUUCAAGGUAAUUCUAUCUGUGUAUAUGAAGAUUGAAAUGAAUUCGGAGAAAUAUGAAAUUUGAAAAUACUUUUUAGUGCUUUAUUUUAUUUGUGGCAACUGUAAUUGUGGAAACUGCUGCACUCUUUACUAUCUCGAAUUGUAACGAGUAAAAAAAAUCAAUAUUGCUACCAAUCUGUGAAAAAUGCGAUAAAAUAUUCGCAAGUUACCAAUUUUAUGGUGGAAUUGUUACACAAUUUUUAAAAUUGUUUUUUUUCCUUGUAAUUGUUAAAAUGCAAAAAAGAAUGUGUGUAAAUUGAGAGUAAUUCUUUUGAAAGCAAAGAAAAAAAUUCGUUACCCAUUUCGUUUUAGAUCAUUUCUAUGUAUGUAUUUACCAUAAAUACUAGCUUAAUUUUCUUUUGUAUAGUUGUCAUUUUGUAGUUUUUAUUUUUUUUGGGAUAUGCGUUUAGUUGCACAAAAAGAGGACUCUUUUGAUAUUAGUAAUGACUAAAAGAAAAAAAUAUGCAAAAUCUUUCCUAUACAGACUCCACUUGAUGGUUGAUGGGCAUAAAAUGCGAGUUGUUAAGAUAAGCGAGACGACAGUCUUUUGUGUAAUCUUCCACUGAAAGAUCAAAAAAAAAAACAUUUUUCCCAACGUUUUUCCCGCCUAAAAAAAAAUCUCUAAAUCACUCCUUCUUGCCAUUUCACCAACAACAUCACUUUUUGAAGGUUUCCGAAAUUGUCCCGCGUGUCCGUCCUUUUGCAAAAUCAAUUUGUUGACAAUGUGGUUUUUUUUUCUAAACAAAAACGAAAAUGAUAGAUUAAUUGAAGAGAAAGAAGAAAAAAAAAUUUGUACAAAGAAAAAUUUGAAAGCAAUUUGAAGAUUACACAAAACUGUGAGGUUUUUAAGAUGUUUUUUUUUUCUAAUAAAGAAAGGAAGUAUUUUGAAGAGGUGUAAAAGUGAUGAAAUUUUAUGUGAAUGAAGAAGAAGAAGAAGAAGAA